AUGCUUGUCGUCGUUUCUUGGGUAUCAUUCUGGCUUGACAAGGAUGCUGUACCGGCACGUGUAUCGCUUGGUGUAACAACACUGUUGACGAUGACAACUCAAGCAUCUGGAAUUAAUGCAAAAUUACCACCAGUAUCAUACAUUAAAGCUGUAGAUGUAUGGAUUGGUGUUUGUUUGGGUUUCAUCUUUGGUGCAUUGUUGGAAUAUGCAUUGGUUAACUAUUGUGGACGUAAAGAAUUUUUAAAGAAAAAAAAUAAAAUGACCACCAUUCAGGAUCGGGUAUAUCAGCCAAAUCAACUGCUUGCACCGGUAUGCUUACAAUAUUCUAUAGAAACUUAUCCACAACAACUUGUUUCUUUUUUUGAGCUCUUAGAAAAAUAA